CUCAUAUCAGUAAGGUAUUCCACAAGUUUUUACCUUUAUGGGAAAACGCAAGCAGGCAACGUAUUCUCCAGUUUCAAAAAGGCCACCUAAAAGACCCCGGAGAUCCGGUAGUGGCACAUCAAAGGAGAAAAUGUCUUCUGGAGUUGCACAAUUGCUUCAAAAAGUUCAACAAAGUUUUGUUAAAAAUUCAGAUGCAAAGAAUGCAAUUGCAAUGAAGAAAUACAUGAGGGAUCAGUUUGAAUUCUUGGGUAUCAAAUCACCAGUUAGAAAGUCKAUAGGCAAAGAAUAUCUCAAAGUGAAAUUCAGUCCAACAGAAAUGAGAGAGUUGGUAAAAUCACUUUGGGAAUUACCGGAACGUGAAUAUCAAYACUUUGGGCUGGACUAUCUUGAUAAAAAUGUUAAGKUGUUUGGAGAGUCGUCAAAAGAUUUAGAAAUAAACUUUGAKUUCAUAGAGCAUCUGGUAACAAGUAAAUCAUGGUGGGAUACAGUUGAUGCUAUUGCAAGCCACYUUGUAGGCUUUCUUGUCAAAAAACAUCCAGUUGAAGGGAAGCCCGUUAUGGAAAAAUGGAUUAACCAUGAUAACAUGUGGAUGAGACGUACUGCCUUGCUGCAUCAGCUUCUUUACAAGCACGACACCGAUGAAGACAUGCUCUACAGAUUUUGCAUUUUAAGAGCUGAUGAAAAAGAGUUCUUCAUUCAGAAAGCUAUGGGUUGGGCACUGCGGCAGUAUGCGCAUACUAACCCCACUAGUGCUAAAUCAUUUUUGCUGGCAAAUAAAAAAUUGUUGAGCAAAUUGACAUWCAGGGAAGCAGCUAAGCACCUAGAUAUUUAGAAUAGCAUUAUUUUGUGAAUGUAUAGUAAACUGUGUUUGGUUAAAAAUCAAAUAUAUCAUUACUGAAUACAAGCGUAAAAUAUUAUAUGAAUUGUAAAUAAAAGGGUAAGCUAGAUUAAGAUAAAUUCAGGUUCAGCUUGAGUGAUGUUCUUUUGUUUACUUUUUCAUUUUUCACGUGUCCAAAUAUACCAGCCAUAUCUUUGCUACUUUCUGGUAAAACUUUACAAAAAUGUGCCAGUUUGCUUUAGAAGAAUUUUUUUUUUUCUGAACCUUCCGCUUUAAUAUCUCCCACUUCCAGAAAUGAUAUUUUAAAAAGAAAUUACAAUUCAUGAUAAAAAAUGACAAAACGUGACAGUUUUCUAUUAGAAGGAAUUUUUUUUUCUGAACCUUCCGCAAUAUCUCCCACUUCCAGAAGUGAUAUUCUGAUAUUCACUUUCAGAAGUGAUAUUAAAAAGAGCGUCUUUGCGAUCUAUUCAGAAAGGUGGUACAAUGUUUUGGAGUGAAACGGCAACAGUCUAGUAGAAUUUGUUCAAAUUUAAUGUACGGCCAAAAAAACAUAAUAUUAAAAAAGAAAAGAAGAAAAGAAAAAGAGAAGCGUCAGAUGAAUUCAAAAUGGCCGCCAAAUUAUCGGCUCUGCGGUGCCUGAAGACAAGAAACUUGGAAAGGAAAAGCGUUACGGACCUAGAAYCCUUGCAAUUCGAAACGAUCGGAAACCAUACAAUUCGACUAAGUUUUGCUUUCUUUCGAUGCAAAACGAGUCAAUUGACAAGCGGCAAAAAACAAAUGGACCAUCGAAAUUUUUUCACAAUAUUCAAAAUAAUAAUAAAAAUGUUACAAAACCGAUAAUAUCAGAAAAGAAAAAGGUAAAAGAAAAAGAAGAAAGAAAAAAAAAAGACAUGCAAGAAGGUGGCCGUGAGGUCACCCGUCCCAUGUUAGGCAGAUAAUCAGCAGGGGAGGAAAUAGAUGGACCCCAAGCUCUGAUGUCUACCCCUGUGAAUUCAUCUGACGCUUCUCGCUAGAUUUCCUGUCCCGAUUUAGCGCACAUUCACCUCCUUUAUUUUCAAAAUAACAAAGGGAUCCUGAACGCUUGAAAAACUACUAGUAUUGGAUGAUGACAUGUUAAGUACUAUAAAAAAGAUGGAAUUAGUA